AUGAUCCAUUAUCUCUUCCGAACUACCCAAAAUUGCCCACAUUCUAGUUCCGCACCGCCCAUCUGGCGCACAAAAGGUGAACCAAAAAACGACACAGGAAUUGUAUUAUGUCGUAGUAUUAUUGUCAAGUGCAUUAACUUUUUUCCCUCAAUUUCCCCUUCGGUGCUCUCGGAGUCAACGCCGCCCGAGAGAAAGAGACGACAUCCAUUUGUUUGUGUGGCCAGAGCUCUUUUCUUCUUCCUCUUAUUCUACGUCUUCUUUUUUUCUUCUACUCGGCUUCUGCUUUCUCGUGUAGACCCCCAUCCCUUUGCAUCGCAGGAGAAGAGUGUGUAUAGGAGCAAAAAAAAGAAGAAGACCACGGAAGAGAGAGAGAGCUCAGCAGAUCGCUCAUUCAUUUUUUGUUUCGCAUUACUUCCAAUUUGUUUGUUUGGUCUCCCGUAA